AUGUCUUAUGCGAGCUCCAGCAGUGUUCCUGUUACCAUCACAGGAGCAGUAGCACCAUCACCACAAAAACAACAACAAACGAUUAUUUAUCCUGCUUAUGAUGAGAUACCUGCUUUUGGAAAUAAAACUGCUGUUAACGUAAAUGCAGGAGACGGUAGAAAACGUAGUCAUUCAUUAAUUGAUAAUUUUCAUCCAGUUCGAUGGAUACGUUCACAUACAAUUACAAGAAAGUCCAAGAAUGAUUCACGUAAUCGUGCAGCAACAAUCUCAUCUGAAUUAUCACCACCGCUUACAAUAAUAAAGGAACCACCUAUUCGUUCAGCUCGUUCAGUAACAAUUUCAUCAGACCCAUUAGCACCAACUCCAAGACCGGCAAUAACUUUUUUUUAUUAA